GUCGAUAGAGACAUCAAAAGUUAUAUAAACCUGCGUUAUUCACUCUCGUAGAUACCAAAUCCGUCUCAGUCACACACGCUUCUGACGAGCUUAUCAAUACCAAAAUUACAGAUCGAACAUGGCUGAACAAAAAGAGGAUAAGUGGUCAUCCGAGGCCUACCAGCACUCCGCCUCCUUUGUCCCCAAGCUGGCGACGAAGGUGGUACAGUGGCUCGACGUGCAAAAGGACGAUGUCAUCCUCGACGUCGGCUGCGGUGAUGGCGUCCUAGACGUCGAGUUCGGAAAGGUCCUCUCCCAAGGGAAAGGCUCCCUCCACGGCAUCGAUGCCUCCCCAGGCAUGAUUUCCGCCGCCAAAAAGGCCGUCUCGGCAGCAGGCCUCUCAAACUGCGAAUUCGAAGUCCUCGACGCAACAAAGAUCACAACCUCCUCAACACCAACCCUCCACACCCCAACCUUCACAAAAGCCUUCUCAAACGCAGCCCUCCACUGGAUCCUCCGGCCACCGGGCUCCCACAUCCCCGUCUUCACCGCCAUCCGCGACGCCCUCCUCCCAGGCGGCACCUUCGCCCUCGAAAUGGGCGGGCUGGGCAACGUAGCCGAGAUGCGCACCGCCAUCGUCAUGGCCGUCGCGCGGCGCGUGGGCAUGGAGAAGGCCGUCGCCGUAGACCCCUGGUUCUUCCCCGAUGAAGAGUGGUUGAAGACGGUGCUCGAGAAGGAGGUCGGCGGGUGGGAGGUGUUGAAAGUCGAGAGGGAGUGGAGGCCGACGACGGCUGAUAAGGGCGGCGUGGAAGGGUGGGUGAGGUUGAUGGGCAAGGAGCUGUUGGAUGCGGUGCCAGAGGAAGGCGGACAGAGGGAGGAGACUGUGAGGGAGAUUGUGGAGGUGUUGAGACAUGUUUGUAAGAUUCCGGGAGAUGGGGAGAUGAUUAGCUAUGUGAGGUUGAGGUGUCUUGCGAGGAAGCUUUAGAUAAGAGGCUGGAUGGAGGGCAUAACCUAACGUCUCUAGCGAGGGGAUGAGUCUAGCGAGUAUCUACAACUCAUAAGAUGGCUGCUUCCAAUCGUUCCCAAACCUAUAAAAGGCAGUCAAUUCACUUGAAAGAGAGACGAGAACGACAGAAACAGAUGGAC